AUGGGUGCGCAUUAUAAAAAUACCACACUUUUGAUUGGCUCUGAGCAAGACUUUGGAAUAAAAAAGAUCUAUUUCCAUCAAGAAUACAACAGCCUGGCCCGUUACAAUUUUGACAUUGCCCUUAUUCGCUUGGACCGACCUGCCAUUGUUCAAGACGGUGUAGGUCUGGUAUGUCUUCCCGACGACAAUAUCAGCUUUCCCCCCGGAUCUGAAUUUUGGAUAACCGGCUGGGGAACACUAAAACCAGGGGGACCAUCACCAGACGAACUCCAGCAGGCCAAGGUCCCCUUGGUAUCGAAUCAAAAUUGUACCAAGAAUGGCUCGUAUGCAGCACACCAGAUUACCCCCGAAAUGCUAUGCGCAGGGUUUCCAGAGGGAGGCAUAGAUGCUUGCCAGGGUGACUCAGGUGGACCACUAGUGUGCGAGGAUAACGGCAAAUGGUAUCUUGUGGGAGAUACUAGCUGGGGCAAGAGCUGUGCUGAGCCAAACUAUUAUGGGAUUUACGCCAGACUGGCGCUUCUUAAGGAUUGGGUCUUCCAUGUGAUGGCCCAUCCGGAUAGUUAUUCUCAGUGA